CCGGAGCCGAGCUGCUCCCCGCUGAGUGAACUUUUCUACCCCGGGGUCUGUCGCCUUAUCCCGGACACAGGAGGCGGAGGAGGAGGCCGGGGGACAGGAAAGAAGAAGAAGACGCAGAAGAACCAGAAGCAGCAGCAGAAGAAGAAGGAGAAGAAGAAGUCAGACAUGCUGUGAAAAGAAAACACGUCUUCUUCUUUUAAAAAACAGAAACACCAGAAGCCCGUUUAACACUUAACCGUGAGGAGGAGGAGGAGGAGGAGGAGGUGGAGGAGGAGAAGCCCGGAGAGAGCGAGAGAAACGCGGGGUGCAAGAUGCAGCUGGCCGCGGUGCUGUGCGGAGCCCUGGUAACUUUGCUGCUCGACCACACUCCAGGUGUUCAGGGCACCGCCGAGUGUUCGUGCGGGAGGAGUCACUUCACGUGCGCGGUCAGUGCGUUCGGGGAGUGCACCUGCAUCCCGGCCCAGUGGCAGUGUGACGGAGACAAUGACUGCGGCGACCUCAGCGACGAGGACGGAUGCAUGCUCCCGACCUGUUCGCCGCUCGACUUCCACUGCGACAACGGCAAAUGUAUCCGUCGCUCCUGGGUGUGUGACGGAGACAACGACUGCGAGGACAACUCCGACGAGCAGGACUGUCCUCCCAGGGAGUGUGAGGAAGACGAGUUCCACUGCCAGAACGGCUACUGUAUCCGCAGCCUCUGGCACUGUGACGGCGACAACGACUGUGGGGACAACAGCGACGAACAGUGUGACAUGCGUAAAUGUUCGGACAAGGAGUUCCGCUGCACGGACAGCAGCUGCAUCGCCGAGCACUGGUACUGUGACGGGGACACGGACUGUAAGGACGGAUCAGAUGAGGAAAACUGCCCGUCCGACGUGAUGACAGCCACCUGCAGCGUGGAGGAGUUCCAGUGCGCGUACGGACGCUGCAUCCUGGACAUUUACCACUGCGACGGAGACGACGACUGCGGGGACUGGUCGGACGAGUCGGACUGUUCCUCCCACCAGCCCUGCAGGUCGGUUGAGUUCAUGUGCAGCAGCGGGAUGUGCAUCAACGCUGGCUGGAGGUGUGACGGCGAGUACGACUGUGACGACCAAUCGGAUGAGAAGAACUGCACCACGUCCAUGUGCACGGCCGACCAGUUCCGCUGUGGAACCGGACGCUGCGUGCGGUUGUCGUGGAGAUGCGACGGCGAGGACGACUGCUCGGAUCGCAGCGACGAAGAGGGCUGUGAGAAAACUGAGAGUCCUCCGUGCGCUCCUGAUCAGUUCCAGUGUGGAAACGGACGCUGCAUUGGUCAGAGGAAGGUGUGCAACGAGGUCAACGACUGCGGGGACGGGACUGACGAACACCCGCAUCACGACUGCCGGCCGCGCUCCAGCGAGGGCAACUGUAACCAGAAUAAUGGAGGCUGCUCCCAGAAGUGUCAGAUGGUCAGAGGACUGGUCCAGUGCACCUGUCACACUGGAUACAGACUGAUGGACGACGGCAAAGCCUGCCAGGAUGUGGACGAGUGCGCAGAAGAAGGCUACUGCAGCCAGGGCUGCACCAACACGGAGGGGGGGUUCCAGUGCUGGUGCGUUCAGGGCUACGAGCUCCGACCCGACAAGCGCAGCUGCAAAGCUCUGGGGCCUGAGCCAGUUCUGCUGUUCGCCAACCGCAUCGACAUCCGGCAGGUUUUGCCGCAUCGCUCCGAGUACACGCUGCUGCUCAACAACCUGGAGAACGCCAUCGCCCUGGACUUCCACCACAGCCACGAGCUGGUGUUCUGGUCGGACGUGACGCUGGACCGCAUCAUGAAGGCCAACCUGAAUGGCUCCAACGUGGAGGAGGUCGUCUCCACCGGUCUGGAGAGUCCAGGUGGACUGGCCAUAGACUGGAUCCAUGACAAGUUGUACUGGACGGACUCUGGGACUUCCCGCAUCGAGGUGGCCAACCUGGACGGGACGCACCGCAAGGUGCUGCUGUGGCAGAACAUGGAGAAGCCCCGAGCCAUCGCUCUGCACCCCAUAGAGGGGAAGAUCUACUGGACCGACUGGGGCAACACGCCUCGCAUCGAGUACGCCAACAUGGAUGGAUCGAGCCGGCAGGUCAUCGCAGACACGCACCUGUUCUGGCCCAACGGCCUCACGAUCGACUACGCCAGCCGCCGCAUGUACUGGGUGGACGCCAAACACCAUGUCAUCGAGAAGGCUGACCUGGACGGACGCAACCGCAAAGCCGUCAUCAGCCAAGGCCUGCCUCACCCGUUUGCCAUCACGGUGUUUGAGGACAGCCUCUACUGGACCGACUGGCACACCAAGAGCAUCAACAGCGCCAACAAGUUCACCGGCAAGAACCAGGAGAUCAUUCGCAACAAGCUGCACUUCCCCAUGGACAUCCACACCCUGCACCCCCAGAGGCAGCCCGCAGGGGGCUGGAACCGCUGUGGCACCAACAACGGCGGCUGCAGUCACCUGUGUCUCCCCAGCAACAUGACCUUCACCUGCGCCUGUCCCACCGGCUUCAAGAAGGUCGACCACCUCAGCUGUGCUGAUGGUCUUGACAAGUUCCUGCUUUUUGCCCGAAGGACGGACAUCCGACGAAUCAGCUUCGAUACAGAGGACAUGUCCGACGACGUCAUCCCUCUGGCCGACGUGCGCAAUGCCGUGGCGCUCGACUGGGACGCCAAAGACGGCUUCAUCUACUGGACGGACGUCACCACGGACUCUAUCAACAGAGCGCUGUGGAACGGCUCCAAGCAAGAGGUGGUGGUCGACACCAGUCUGGAGAGUCCAGCAGGUUUGGCGAUUGACUGGGUGACCAACAAGCUCUACUGGACCGAUGCUGGUACGGAUCGUAUCGAAGUUUCGAACGGAAAUGGGAGCAUGCGCACCGUCCUGAUCUGGGAGAACCUGGACCGGCCCAGGGACAUUGUCGUCGACCCGAUCGGAGGCUUCAUGUACUGGACCGACUGGGGGGCCAACCCGAAGAUCGAGCGUGCAGGAAUGGAUGCCUCCAAUCGCAUUGUCAUCAUCUCGUCCAACCUGACUUGGCCCAAUGGGCUCGCCAUCGACUACGAGACCAAACGCCUGUACUGGGCCGACGCUGGCAUGAAAACCAUCGAGUUUGGAAACUUUGAUGGUUCCGACCGACAGGUUUUGAUUGGCACGCAGCUGCCUCACCCCUUCGGCCUGACUGUGCACAAGGACAAGCUGUACUGGACAGACUGGCAGUCCAAGAGCAUCCAGAGUGCCGACAAGCUCACCGGGCUGGGACGACAAACGCUGGCCGAAAACCUGGAGAACCUCAUGGAUAUUCACAUGUUCCACCGGCACCGUGAGACAGUGCGCAACCCCUGUGCAGUGAGUAAUGGAGGCUGCAGCCACCUCUGUCUCCUGGCUCCUGCUCCCAAAGCCUCCAGCUGUGCCUGUCCCACCGGGAUCAACCUGCAGGCGGAUGGAAAGACCUGCACGUCGGGAAUGAGCAGCUUCCUGAUCUUUGCGCGGAGGACAGACAUCAGGAUGGUUUCUCUGGACAUCCCUUACUACGCUGAUGUGGUUCUGGCUGUUAACAGCUCCAUGAAAAACACCAUCGCCAUCGGUGUCGACCCCAAAGAAGCGAAGGUUUAUUGGUCUGACAGCACGCUGAAGAAGAUCAGCAGAGCUUACAUCAAUGGAUCAGAACAUGAAGACAUCAUAUCUACAGGGCUGGUGACUACCGACGGUCUCGCGGUGGACGCUCGCGGCAGGAAGAUCUACUGGACGGACACGGGGACGAACCGCAUUGAGGUCGCCAACCUGGACGGCUCCAUGCGGAGAGUUCUCGUGUGGCAGAACCUGGACAGUCCUCGAGCCAUCGCGCUCUACCACGAGAUGGGGUAUAUGUAUUGGACAGACUGGGGGGAAAACGCCAAGCUGGAGCGUUCAGCGAUGGACGGAACCGACCGCGUGGUUCUCAUCAGUAACAACCUGGGCUGGCCCAACGGCCUGGCCAUCGACAUGGCCGGCUCACAGCUACUGUGGGCUGACGCUCACACUGAGCGUAUUGAGGCGUCCGACCUCAACGGGCAGAACCGCCACACCCUUGUGACGCCGGUCCAGCACCCGUACGGUCUGACCCUGCUGGGGCCCCACAUCUACUGGACGGACUGGCAGAGCCGCAGCAUCCAGAGAGCUGACAAGAACACCGGGGCCAAUACCAUCACGGUGCAAGCCAACCUGCCAGGCCUGAUGGACAUCCAGGCCGUGGACAGGGGGAGGCCACUGGGUUUUAAUAAGUGUGGCCAGAGGAACGGGGGCUGCACCCACCUCUGCCUUCCUCGUCCCAACGGCACUUCCUGUGCCUGUCCCACCGGCAUCUUGCUCAAGGGGGACGACAGGUCGUGUGACGACUCCCCGGAGACGUUCCUGGUCUUCUCCAACCGCGUCAGCGUGCGCAGAAUCUCCCUGGACACCGACGACCACACAGACGUGCACGUGCCGGUGCCGGAGCUGCACAAUGUUAUCUCUCUGGACUACGACAGCGUGGACGGAAAACUUUACUACACCGAUGUCACGCUGGAUGUUAUAAGGCGAUCAAAUCUAGACGGCAGUGACAUGGAGACGGUGAUCAGCCAGGGCCUGAAAACCACAGAUGGGCUGGCCGUCGACUGGGUGUCCAGGAACAUGUACUGGACCGACACUGGGCGCAACACCAUCGAGGUGGCCCGUCUGGAUGGAACCAGCCGCAAAGUCCUGGUCAACAACAGUUUGGACGAACCCAGAGCCAUCGCAGUGUUCCCCAGCAAAGGGUUCCUGUUCUGGACCGACUGGGGUCACAUUGCGAAGAUUGAGCGAUCACAUCUGGACGGCUCCGACCGGAAGGUCCUGAUCAACACGGACCUGGGCUGGCCCAACGGCCUCACGCUGGACUACGACACUCGAAGGAUCUUCUGGGUGGACGCUCACCUGGACCGGAUCGAGAGCUCGGACCUAAACGGGAAACUGCGUCAGAUCCUCGUCAGCCCGGUGUCCCACCCAUUCGCCCUCACGCAGUUGAAGCCGGUGUCCUCCCCUCUAACCCCUUUCUCCCGACUCUCGCAGCAAGACCGCUGGAUCUACUGGACGGACUGGCAGACUAAGUCCAUCCAGCGGGUGGACAAGCACACGGGCCGUAACAAGGAAACCGUGCUCCCCAACGUGGAGGGCCUCAUGGACAUUAUAGUGGUGUCGCCUCACAGACAGACGGGUACAAACCUCUGUGGAGUGAAUAACGGCGGCUGCACUCACCUCUGCUUUGCAAAGACCAACACGUUUGUGUGCGCCUGCCCCGAUGAGCCGGACGGGAAACCCUGCUCCACCAUUUCAGGUUACAUCCCCACGUCUCCCACCAGAGGAACCGGCAGCACUCCCGUCCCCAACAAGAUCCCCAACGCUGCAACAGACACUCCACACAGAGGACCCGCAUCCGUCAACUGCACUGACAAGAACCUGAACGUGGAAGGCUGCACGAGCAACGUGGUGACGGCCCCUCAUGGAGAAGGUCUUCACAUCAGCUACGUGAUCGGUGGAGUUCUGACCAUCCUGGCUAUUCUGAUCCUCAUCGCUGCUUUGAUCAUCUACAGGCACAAAAAGUCAAAGUUCGCCGACCCCGGAGUGAGCAACCUGACCUACAGUAACCCCUCGUACCGGACGUCCACACAGGAGGUCAAGAUCGAGGCGUCGCAGAAGCCUCCGAUAUACAACCAGCUGCGAUAUAAGAAGGAGGGGGGAGUGGACGGAGGCUACACCAAGGAAAAGAUCCGCAUUGUGGAGGGCGUGUGUCUCCUGUCCCACGAUGAGCUUUACUGGGAUGACCUCAAACAGAUCAAGCCGUCCCGAGGCGGCCUGCACACCUGCAUGCGCACCGACACCGUGUCCCUGCAGGCCAGCAGCGCCUCGCUGGACGACGGCGAGACGGAGCAGCUCCUGCAGGAGGAGGCGUCCGAAUGCUCCUCCAUAACCACCCUGACUCCUUCGGCCAUCACCCCGCAGCGUCACGCCCAGCACAGCCUGCCCGACACCGGCUGGACCUCCACGCGCAAGCCCUCCACCGAGAGUGAAGUGUGAGGGAGGCCCCACCCCCCCCCACCCCCGCCCUCUGUGCUUUAUCUCAGUCAUCCAACACACACACACACACACACACACAUGUAUUUAUAACUGGUACAAACACACAAAGGUAAAUAGGUACAAACACAGCUGCAUAUGGAGAGUAACAGUACAGAUGAGCCUGGUUUCGACACAAAUAAGCUUCUAUCAACACAACUCCUGUCUCUGAAAAUGGGGCUCCGUCCUACUUGUGCCCACACGCACACGCACACGCACACACACACACACACAGUGCAGUCCUUCGACAGUGCCCUCAGUGCUACUGCCUUCAGGCAACAUCAUAAACUAAUGAGCAUGCUGGAAUAAGAAAGCAAAUAACUCUGGGGAGGAAGUGAGCGGAGACACGGAGCGUUUUCUGGAGGAUGCAGACUCUCAACAGACGCUUCUCUGUCCACAGCUUCACCUUCUCUAUGUGAACUUUUCUCCUCUUUCUGGACAGAGCUAAAAAACCACA